AUGGUCGCUUGCAAGAGGGAGGCCAAGGAGUUCUACAAGGAGGACACCGAAAAGGCUGACGAGGUGGUUACGAAGUUGAACAAUGCUUUCAUGUCCAGGGACUACAUGUCCGAAGUCAUGGCGUGCAUUGACAGUGCUGUUCCGAACUGGAAUGUCCGCCACCUAUCCUUGUGGAGUGAGUUGGUUUGCCCAGAAGUUCCGGAGACGGACACGGUGGAUUUGGAAGCCGUGGAGGAGGCCACUGCAAUUGCUCUCUACCAAGAGGUGAAAUCCAAGUUGUCGCUUGAUGAGACUGCUUGGGCAUCUUACCGGCGACUGUUGACCAAGAAGGCAGCACGAGAUCAUGUUGUCACUGUUCAGCACGCCAAGGCCCAGAACACUAUCGGCUUGGGGAUUGCGGAAUCCUACAUGGAGAAAAAUUGCAAUGUGAACAUGGUGAAAGACCUCGGUACCAUGCCCAAUGUUGAUGCCUGGCUGAAGCAGGCUGCUGCAGAGUUGAAGGUGAAACCUGAACAGCUGUUUGUGGUGGUGCUGACAGAUUACACCAAGCAUGGCACACUCACGACAAACAUGCUGAACAAGCACACUGCGCUGAUGACAAAAUGCAUGGCUAAGAACCCAAAGCGUUCUGCUGGAUUGAUCAUGGCGCCCUUGUUGGCGGGAACGGCCGGAGGUGGCUCACUUCGCUCUGACUGGAGGCUUAUCGAGAACAAGCUCGAAGAGAACAAGCUGGGAGUCCGAGACAUCCGUGUGGCAGUAGAUAUGCAAGGCAUUCACCGAAAUUCUGAACGGCCUGCAUAUUUUCAGGCGUGGAUCACAGUACCAGAUCUCUACCUCCCUACGAAGGGAACGGCCUAUCGGGCCAACAGGCAUGACGAUCAGCAAGUCAAGCCCGGGGAAGUCAGUGAGAUUUGCUCUGGGGAGUUGUGGCGGCUUCAGGGCCUACCGUUUGACAUGUUGCCAGCUGCACUGUCUGAAGGAGACUUCCGAGUCCCCUCAGCAAAGGCUCAUCUGUGCGCUCAGGACGGUCGAAAAAAUCUCACUGACUUGCAGGAGACUGCACAAUGGCUGGCAGGAGAAGCUGUUACAAGCAGUUUGCUGAAGGCUUUGCUGGGUGAAAACCUCAAGAGGGCUGCUGUCAUCCAUACCACACCUUACUGUGCAAGUGUGGAAAAGGCAUGCUUGAGCCUGAAAGUGCCGAUCCUUUCGGUCACCGAGAGCUCUGUGAACCACAGCUUCACGCUUCUUUCCGUGUCUCAGGGGCUGUUGGAGGAUUGGAAAAAUGCUGUUGGUGGCAUUGGACGGAGCCUCCCGAAGUACCAGAAAGAGCCUACUGAGCAGGACACCAUGGCAGUUGAGGCGGAGGUGCCAACUCUUCACCUCUGCGAGGUCAAGGAUGAGAUGUUGCAGGUACCUAUGACGGUACGCCAGCAAUACUUGCAAGAUCCUGUUCGAUCUUGUGAGUGGAAAGCCAUCUUGAAGGAGUUUGACAGGAAGUGGACUACCGAUACUUCAGCACAGCAGAGCAGCGGUGACAGUGUGCAGCAGAGCAAUGGUUCUGGCAAUCAGGGAUUCAAGUGGGAGGAGAUCUUUGCUGAUGAACCUAGCACCAGAUCAGACCUGGAGUCAAGGUAUGGCACUCCUGCGGCAAGCUUUGCCAUCAACGAGACUUUGUCUGCUUGCAUUGUCGAGGGGCCGCGUUUGUUCUUGGUCUCGUCGGGAGAAGCUGAGUUUGGCACGAAGGAGCCGAUUGUGUGCUACGGAGCCGGGGUGUGGCUUCUUGAUUCCAAAGCGGAGACAUUCCGUCAGGAAAACCCUGGGAAAGGCUACAAGUUUGAGCUUGAGGAUGACAAAAGUUUGGCAGUGCUGGAGGACAGUGAUGGAAAUGAUGGUGAACCUACUACGCUCCGGACCAUCAUCCAGUCUGUGGAGCAGUCUGGCACUGUGGAUUUUGAACUUGCCGGCCAUGAUCUUUCCCGGCCACCCGAAGUAUGCCAGGGAUCUGACACAACCGACAGGUUCGAUGUCUCUGUCAAGGAUUCUAUGAUUUGGAAGCCUUCCAAUGUUCAAAUCCGCAACUUGAAAGCGAAGAACUGUGCCAGCUACUUCGACGCCAAGCAGGUGCUUGAAUCCAAGGCCGUCCUUCAGUCUGAUGUUGAGUUCACAGAGCCUGCUCCCCCGUCAUGUGGUUUCCAUACCAUUGAAGCCCCAGUCUCAACGCAGCUUGUGGGGUUGGGAUGGAACCCACGAACUGGCAUGAUGGCUUUGCCGGUGGGGGUCAGUGACAGUGAUGUGCGGGUGUCGCUUGACGAGAAGUUCUUGGAUGCUUCAAAUUCCCCGAGGACCGAACCACCGUCAUCACCACGACCACCAUUGCGGAGAAGUACGAAACUCAGUGCAGCCAAAAGCAAGGCAUCUCCUUCCAAGCCUGAAGACCUUCCUGGUGACGACAUCUCCCACGGUGACAUGGACGAGCCUUUGACGGACCUGUGUGACUCCCAGCACCUUGAUGCCUGUGAGAUCCCGGGGCCUGCAGACCUGACUCCCACUCUCUCCCCAGGGUCUCCUUGGGAGAAAGACUCCGAUGAACAGAAACAGAAAUGGAAGGAAAUCACGGACAAGUGCCUCAAGAGCAAGAGCCCGCUCGUCAGAUACCUGGCGAAGACUGCUGACCCCCCUCCUGAGAUUCCGAAGGCUGCUGACACCCCUCCUGAGCUUCCAGAUUCACAGGAGACCGUUGUCAUGAUGGGAGCGUCUUCACCAAUGCCACUGGCAAAAGCCAAGGCAACCGCAAAGGCCAAAGGAGCAGCCACAGCAAAGAGCAAGAGCAAGGCCAAGGCCAAGGCCAGACGCCCAAGGGAAAGGAAGUCAGAAGAGCACAAGGCAAAGAUCCACCGAGAAGGAGUUCCUCGAGUACAGCCCCAAGAGGAUGGCAGGAAGUGCAAGAAGGGCAACAAGAACGUCGAUUCCAAGGACAUCCCCAAGCCGGAGCUGGAUUGUGAAGACAAGCUCAAGAACCAGAAGUCCAAGCAGGUCAUCGAGCCCAAGCCUGAGACCAAAAAGCGAUCCCGCGCUUCCCGUCCUUCCAGUACUUUGCAGCCAGCGCCCAAGACAUCCAAGACAUCCAGGGCAUCCAAGACCAAGCAGCCCGACGAGACGCCCAAGACCAAAGUGCCCGAGCAGAUUCCCGAGGAGCGACAUCCAAAGAAAAUUGUGUUCUUUGAAAGG